CAGCAGCAGUCCGUUAUAAAAGUGCGCAGGAACAAGCCCCAGUGCUCGACAUGGAGACGUCCGCUAAACUCCUGCUUCCCAUCGUGAUCAUCUCCGUGCUGGUGGCUUGCAGCCCGACGGAGGCAUGGUACAAGCAGGUGGCCGGUCCGAGCUACUCGGUGGGCAGGGCGUCCGGCUUGCUGUCCGGUAUCCGGAGGUCACCGUACGUCAGGAGAGCCGAGCCGGACCCGUCAGACAGCGAAGAGUUGGCGACUAACAGCGUUUUUCCUGAAGUCUCUUCACACAGUUUCAUCUUGAAGACGAUGCCUGUUUGUAUCAAAGACAUUACGCCCAACCUGCAGAGCUGUGAACUCUUCCAGGAACCGAGGGGUUUAUUUAAGUGCAAAGCGGACGUCUUCGUCACUCUGGACUCCACAGACUGUGCAGGAGACUGAGCAGUAAAGCCGACAGCUUGGCUGGAUGAUGAAGCCUACUUCUUGAAGGAGUGACAUUUUAAAUAACAGAGUUAAACACUGAUGUUGCACCAGAUGGAAGAUAUGAGACUUUUCUUUUACCAUUGCCACUAAUUUAUUGAUUGAUUUCAUGAUAAUAAAAAAACAUCUUGAAACUGUAAAGUAAUGUAUGAAUGUACAUAUUUGAUCUGAGUUUUCAUUAAUAAAUGAAUCAU